ACGUGAUCGAACCCAAAAGAAUACUUCAAUUGGUAACCUGCAAUAAGUUUAGGGUACAAUGGAAAACUGGGCAGAAGCUGCCACACAGGGCGAGGCUGAGACUGUCACAUUAGACCAAGACCAGGACGAGACCUCCACACUGGGCUGCUGAAAUACCCGGAAGCUGCCAAAGGUGACCUCCAUGACAAAUUGAGACCUCUAUGCAGGAACAAGACUGCUACCCCAGGCCAAGACUGCCUCACCGGGAGGCCGUCCUGCCAGGCACCAAACCUAUACUGCCAUUCUGUUCCAUUGGAAGCCACCUUUUGCUGGGCCAGGUGUGGGAGAACACACUUUCCACUGAAAUUGUGAAAAAGACCAAUGAGUGCAACAUGAAAAGCUUCUCAGUCCUGAAGAAGGGUUAUACCUGAAACGUUGACUUCUCCACCUCCUGAUGCUGUCUGGUUUGCUGUGUUCUUCCAGCCUCCUAGUUGUCUGCUUUGGAUUCCAGCAUCUGCAGCAUUGAAGCAAUGAAUUUACUUCACUAUACAAAACUUGGUCAAGCAUCAAAAUUUGCGUCGAAAAUGUUAUUAAGAAUGUCUACACUCAGGAAGUAUCUGCCAAUUUUAACACUGUUUACCAAGGAUGCGUGCAUACUUUGCGAAGAAGCCAAGGAGGCAUUGAUCCCUUAUAAGCAUAGGUUCACCCUACAGGAAGUAGACAUUACUCUUCCAGAAAAUCCCAUCUGGUUCGAGAGGUACAAGUAUGAUAUUCCAGUUUUUCAUCUGAAUGGGCAAUUUCUGAUGAUGCACCAGGUUAACUUUAAAAUCCUUGAGAAAAGGCUGGCUAAACUGGAACAGGAAUUGAACCAAAGGACGUGAGGUUUUGAAGUGCAGCUUGGAAUAAGAAAAUGUAUCCGCUUCUCCAUUGGUAUUAAGACCAAGUUCUUUUAAACAGUAGCUGGUUGAAAUGCGAAUACUUUAAAGUUAUUUUGUUUCAAAUACUACUGGUAAAAAUAAAUAACUUGAAGGUUAUUAAAUGCUUAAU